ACGUGUAGAGAGAACGACACCUCACUUUUGGUAAUGGAUUUGUUCCCAAUUUCAGGAACAUCCAAGGCUCCGGGUAGUAAAUCAUACCUGUCGCCCAUUGAUGCCACCUCACCUUAUCAAACCUCGCUCGAGGACAAUAAAGAGGGGUUGCCUUCAUUGCCGGAUCUCUAUGCAGAAGCCUAUCCUCUCGCACUUCAAGCAGUUCAAGAGGAUGCCAAUGGUGAUCAUCACACAGCACGACUCCUUUAUUGCGAAGUUUGCGAGAUAUUUACAAAGAUUAUAAACUUACUGCAACCAGGAGAGGAACGCGAGCUCGUGAAUCGGAAAUUGAACCAGUACACAAAACGCGCCGAAGCAAUUUGGGAAUCUAGAAGCGCCAGCACAGUUCCGUUAAAGAAUAUUAAAGAGCUAUCUGAAUACGAAAAGCUUGCGCAGGAAGCACAGGUAAAAAAAAAAAAAAAAAAAAAAAAAACAACUUUAUUAGUAGUAUUGCUAUGUCUUAUCGCCAUCGAUGUUUCAAUGGGACUAUUCUAGUUUGCAUAUGAACAAGGAGUUGCAGAGCAGGAGAAACAGCAUGAGCAAGGUGCAUUGGAUUUCUAU